UCGCGAGUACCGACUCGGCAGUUCAACGUGGACCUGAUUUAAGAAUGAAGAGGUCGGCCAGAUUGAUCUCCACGGUCGCGGAGGGUCUGAAGCCCCAGUUCGACGUGAUAGUGGUCGGCGGGGGGCAUGCCGGGGCGGAAGCCUCGGCGGCUGCUGCUCGCAUCGGUGCCAGGACCCUCUUGCUGACGCACCGAUUCUCGUCUAUAGGUGAAAUGUCCUGUAAUCCUUCAUUUGGGGGAAUUGGGAAAGGUCACCUGCUGAAGGAAGUGGAUGCUCUGGAUGGCAUUGCACCCCGAGCCUGUGACAUGGCUGGCAUACAUUAUAAGAUGCUAAAUCGAAGAAAAGGCCCAGCUGUCUGGGGUCCUCGGGCACAGAUGGACCGUCAGCUCUUCAAGGCACAAGUCCAGCGCAUUCUGAAGGCUCAGCCAGGUUUGGAGAUCCAGGAAGCUGAAGUCACAGACAUCCUGGUGGAGCCAGAUGUAACAAAGGCAUCACCUGUCUGUGCAGGUGUUGUCUUAGCUUCAGGAGAAGUUAUCAGGAGCAUGAGUGUUGUUCUGGCAACUGGAACAUUCUUGGAUGCUGAGCUCCACCUUGGGUUGAACAUUAGGCCCGGAGGUCGCAUUGGGGAUAAAGCUGCGACUGCCCUGGCCACAACCCUUCGUCAACUGGGAUUUCUCACUGCCAGACUGAAGACAGGGACACCCCCUCGUAUUGAUGGGAGUACUGUGAACUGGAAGAAAACCAAGGUUCACCCUCCAGAUUAUCCUGCAACGCCUUUCAGCUUUCUCAACUCUCGGGUUGCCAUACGGGAUGAGGAACAGCUGGAUUGUCACAUGACUUGGACAACAGAGGAGGUGGAGCACAUUGUGCGGGAUAGUAUUCACCUUAACUGCCAUGUGAAGGAGGAAGUGUCGGGCCCACGCUAUUGCCCCUCCAUCGAGUCCAAGGUGCUUCGUUUUGGUGGUCGGAGGCACCAGGUGUGGUUGGAGCCAGAGGGCUUUUGUUGCCGAGAGGUGUACCCACAAGGCCUGUCCUGCACCAUGCCAGAGGACUACCAGGUCCAACUUAUCCGUUCUAUUCCUGGCCUGGAGACUGCAAAGCUUCUCCGCCCUGGGUAUGGGGUGGAGUAUGAGCACGUGGAUCCACUGGAGCUUUCAGGGACCCUUGAGACACGGCGCCUCCCUUGCCUCUUCCUGGCAGGGCAAGUGAAUGGCACAACAGGGUAUGAGGAAGCUGCUGCUCAGGGUAUCAUAGCUGGAGCAAAUGCUGCUCUCAAGGUGCUUGAACAAGGCGAGCUGAGGGUGUCCCGAUCAGAAGGGUAUGUUGGGGUGAUGGUCGAUGACCUAACCACACUGGGCACUCCUGAACCCUACCGUAUGUUCACCAGCCGUGCCGAGUUCCGGGUCUCCCUCCGGCCAGACAAUGCUGACCUCCGACUCACCCGCAAAGGACACAGAUUGGGUUUAGUGAGUGAGGAGCGAUACAAAAAAUUAUGCGAGACUGAAAAGUCCUUGAAGGACAUGACAGAGACCUUGAAGGGCAUCUCCCUCCCUCUUCAGACCUGGUACCGGCGACUCCAUCGGAAUCCUCCACCUGAGUCUUCACAGAAUGCCAAGCUCCAUGCUCACAAAAGUGCAUGGGAGAUGCUGGCACACUGGGGGCUGGAUGACCUUGCCCAAGCCAUCCCAGAUCUCAAGGACAAACUGGACCCAGAUCCCCAGCUUCUCUUCAGAAUCCAGGUUGAAGGAACAUAUGAGUGGAUCAUUGAAACACAGAAGGAGGCCCUAUGUGAAGUGCAGGAGAAUGAGGCUCUUCGGCUUCCAAUGGAUCUUGACUACAGGAGUUUGAAUCUGAGCCUGUCUGCAGAAGCUAGAGAGAAGUUGUCAACUGCCAAGCCUGCAUCAAUAGGAGCAGCUUGUCGAAUUCCAGGAGUUACCCCAGCAGCCAUUCUCAAUCUCCUCAGAUAUGUGCAGUGUUCUGGUCAAAUUCCCUGACCCCAUUAUGGGAGGAUGGUGAGAUGUUCUCUUGGAUUCUGUGGAGAAUAUCAUGCCUGCCAGAUACCUUAUAGUUCUGCAAAAGGAGG